AUGCGCCCACGUGGUAUCUACAUCUGUGAUGGAUCUCAACAUGAAGCCGAUGAGAUCAUUGACAAGCUUAUUGAGCGUGGUAUGCUAUCGCCGUUGAAGGCCUACGAGAACAACUAUAUCUGCCGUACGGAUCCCAAAGAUGUGGCGCGUGUCGAGUCCAAAACAUGGAUGGUCACACCGGACAAGUAUCAAACAGUAACGCACACACCUGACGGUGUGGAGCCAAUUAUGGGCCAUUGGAUGUCACCCGAAAGUUUAGCCACCGAACUGGACAGCCGAUUCCCUGGUUGCAUGGCUGGUCGCAUCAUGUACGUGAUUCCGUUCUCUAUGGGACCUAUUGGAGGACCGUUGUCAAAGAUCGGAGUGCAGCUGACCGACUCGAACUAUGUGGUGCUGUCGAUGCGGAUUAUGACCCGUGUGAGCCACGAUGUUUGGGAUGCACUCGGCGAAAACGACUUUGUGCGAUGUAUCCACUCAGUCGGACUGCCAAGACCAGUGAAACAACGUGUCAUCAAUCAUUGGCCUUGCAACCCUGACAAGGUACUGAUCGCCCAUCGACCCGCCGAAAGGGAGAUCUGGUCGUUCGGAUCUGGCUAUGGAGGCAAUUCCCUGCUUGGUAAGAAGUGCUUCGCCCUGCGUAUCGCCUCCAAUAUCGCCAAAGACGAGGGCUGGAUGGCCGAGCACAUGCUUAUCAUGGGUGUGACGCGGCCGGAUGGAAAGGAACACUUCAUCGCAGCCGCCUUCCCGUCAGCUUGUGGUAAAACGAACCUGGCUAUGCUUGAGCCGGCUCUGCCUGGCUGGAAGGUCCGAUGUGUUGGUGAUGACAUCGCCUGGAUGAAAUUCGGUGAGGACGGUCGCCUGUACGCGAUCAACCCUGAAUCAGGUUUCUUCGGAGUUGCACCAGGUACAUCCAAGAAAACGAACCCGAUGGCAGUCGCUACGUUCCAGAAGAACUCAAUCUUCACACGAAUGUCGGUGAAACGGCUGAUGGCGAGUACUUCUGGGAAGGAAUGGAGGACGAAAUCAAGGACAAGGAAUGUGGAAAUGAUCAAUUGGCUCGGCGAGAAAUGGAAAAUCGGCGAUCCAGGAGUCUGUGCACAUCCGAACUCACGAUUUGCCGCGCCAGCCUCCCAGUGCCCGAUUAUCCACCCAGAAUGGGAAAGCCCUAAAGGAGUUCCAAUUGAUGCCAUUAUUUUCGGUGGUCGCCGUCCGGCUGGUGUCCCGUUGGUGUUCGAGACGAGGUCGUGGUUGCACGGUAUCUUCACGGGAGCGUGUCUCAAAUCUGAAGCCACCGCUGCUGCUGAGCACAAAGGCAAGACGGUCAUGCAUGAUCCGAUGGCGAUGCGUCCAUUUAUGGGUUACAACUUUGGAAAAUACCUCCAACACUGGAUUGAUCUGAAUAAGGAUGGAAGAAAGGUACCCAAGAUCUACCACGUGAACUGGUUCCGUAGGGAUGCCGACAACAAAUUCCUCUGGCCUGGUUAUGGUGACAAUAUCCGUGUAAUUGACUGGAUUGUCCGUCGACUCGACGGUGAGACCGACAUCGGAGUCGACACUCCUAUUGGAGUUGUGCCAAAGAAGGUAAGUUAUCUGAGAUUCGGCCGAAAUUGCCUACUUGUCCAUGGAUCGCUCCUUUUCAUCGAAAAAAGA